AUGGCCGCGUCCUCGCCGUCGUCCUCCCCUCUCCCCGGGGGCGGGGACGACGCGCGCGGCGAUACCUACGACGAGCAGCUCGCCAUCGUCCGCGCGCUCAAGUCCUCGGGCGCGGGCGCGGAACGCAUGCGCGUCGCCACCGCGCGCCUCGCCGAGCUCAAGCGCGCGGGAUGGGUCCCGAGGUUCACGCCCUCGCGCAAGUUCGCGAUGCAUUCGACCGCCGCCGGGGGGAGCGGAGCCACCGGCGACGAUGCGCACCGCGACGGAGACGACACGACGGCGGUGGGCGAGAAGAAGCGAAAGGCGUCGCGCAGAGGGGGGCCCACGGUGACCUGCCCCGCGUGCCGCCAACUCGUCAAGGCUUCCCACCCGGAUCAAUUCCGCGAGCACCUGCGCAAGUGCGCCCCGGACGCGGUGUCCGCCGUCGCGAAGGAUCAGUGGCGCGACGUCGCCGCCGCCGUGGACGCGGUGGAGGCGCACGAGGCGACGCUGCUCGAGGACGCCAGGCGGCUGAGCUUCCGGGACGGUCGGACGCGCGAGGAAGUGGCGAUAGCGCUGGGGGUGUCGCCCGAUCGAGUUCGAUCGACGCUGCGGCGCGCGUCGAGAGCCGUGCCCCUCGUCGCGGACCCCACGCCGCUCGACGUGAUCCACGAGGACGACGACGUGCUGGUGGUGAACAAACCCCCGGGCCUACGGUUCCACCCCGUGCACAGGUUCGAGGGUAACUCGCUGCUCUCGCGGGCCAUCGGGCACGUCCGCCGGUCAGGUCGAGACGAUGACCGGUUGGACGGGGACGCGGCUGGCGACGGACACGCGCACGUCCCGCACGUGGUUCACAGGCUGGACAUGGACACCAGCGGCGUGUGCGUGCUCGUCAAGCGGCCGGAACUGGUGGACGGGUUCGCGCGGCAGUUCCGGGGCGACGCCGGGGAACGCCGAGCCGUGAAGGAGUAUUUGGCGAUCGGCGUCGGCGCGGCGCCCCCCGGAGUCACCGGAUGCGUCGUCAAAGCCGACUGGAAGCCACCGGAAGCUUCUGGAAACGAACAAACAACCGCGGCAGAGUUCAUCGGGGUGGAGUUCACGGUGGACGCGCACGUGGGACCUCACGCGUCCAUCCCCGAGGCUCGCGCCGUCCACCGCCCGCCGCCGACACCCGAACGGAUUCCGAAAAGAAACGGAUCAGGCGGCGACCCCGACGCGCCGAAACCCGCGCGCACGGACGUCCGGAUCGUCUCGUCCUCGCGCGUGCCGAUCGACGUGAACGACGACGGCGACGUGAUGCAAAGCCUGACGGCUGUGCUGGCGAGGGUGAGGCUACACACCGGUCGGACGCACCAGAUUCGGGUUCACAUGGCUCACGCGGAUCUCCCGAUCCUCUCGGACCCCCUGUACGGCCCGCACAUCCGGUGGGACGGCGCGUCGCCGUGCGCGGACGCGUCCACGAGCGCGAUUCUGCCGCCGGGGGUUGACGCGGAUGUUUGGGGCGGACCGAGGUGGCUGGGGAGGCAGGCGCUGCACGCGGCGAGGCUCACGCUGAGGCAUCCCGAGACGAAUGAGGAGAUGACGUUUGAGGCGCGCGCGCCGGAGGACAUGCGAGGGGCGUGCGUCGCGCUGGGGCUGGACCCGGACGCUUGGUGA